AUGGUGAUGUGGUCUUCUACUCAUUUCGGCAAUGCUCGUUAUAGUAUAGCAAACGUAUAUCCCACAUUGGACGCAUACAUCAGAACUGCCCAUACCGAUGGCAAAUCAUCAAGCUUUGAUUAUAUUCUUGUUUCGGCCACCUCACUUCAGGAGCUAUCGUCUUUGUUUGCCAAAUUGUCUCCCUUGAUCCGGAGUCAGCUCGAAACUACUGAAAAUAUUCCUACUAUUGUGCUGGAGUCAACCAACUUUGUUAACCUAGAGCCCUUUGUAUCAAUGUCACUUCAAUUGGACAAGUCAGUUACAUUGCCUAUCUUGUCGGUGAUGUCGGACUUUGACAUUCGUCUCGUUGGGGAAAAUAGUUACAGCGUGAGGAAAAGUCUCAAAGAAAGCGAAUUGCUCUAUGUGGGUCGUAGUGGUACCGAUUCCGAAUACACCUCAAACGAUAUUGAGAUGAUCAACCAGUUUUCUGACCUGUUAGAAAGUGCAGGGCUCGAUGUUUAUAAACUGAAGACCCCUGUGGAAUUCUUUUCCUAUCAAUGGAAGUUCGCUCUACCUAGGAUUGCAUUGGGUCCUCUCUCGAUACUCUUUGAAAAGCCGUUUCCUAUGCAACUACAGGAUCAUAUUCUUGCCAAACCUCUCAUUAGCGGACUGAUUCUGGAGGUGAUUACUAUUAUUAAGACCAUUGGGUGUAAGCUUUUCAAAAGUUACGACAGUGAGAACUCUUUAUUGCAAAGACUGGGAGAGCUUGAGCCUGUAGAAGAGGUCGGACUUGACUUUUUGGAGACUCCUCAACUUUACUAUAACUUCUACCAUCAGAAUGAAUUGUAUAUGGAUCUAUUGUUGCUACAACCGAUUCUUAUUGCCGAUGAUUAUCAAGUGAAGACUCCUUAUUUGGAGUUUUUAUAUGCAAUGAUGUGUCAAGUCAACAACAACAACCGGUCUACUUUGUCCAACCCAACUUCGGACUUUUGGUUACGCAAGACGGAUGAACACGUCAAGCAGCUAAAGCAGGAAGAGGAAGAGCUAAUAAAGAGAAAGACUCUUCAAGAGAAGCAGAUCAAGGAACAGAAAGAGAUUCUUCAACAUAUGAAGGCUUCUCAGACAAACGGGCAGAUUCAUCAGGCUCAACAGUCGGAGCAGUUGAAGCAACAUCACCAGAGUGUUUCCACACCUCUAUCUCAAGAUGGAGAACUUGAAGAACUCUCACAGCUAGCACAGACAUAUCUCUUGAAUGAGAAGACACCGUCUGCCCUCAAUGGCAACGAGUUUUCUCCUCAGACCAUGAAGAUGAACCAGACUGAUCAUUCUAAAAACUCGCAGGGUUCAGAUAGUAUUGAUCCUCGUCAAACCGAAUCUCCGUCGCCUACGCUUACUCAAAACUUGCCUCAUGGUCUUCCUCCUCAAGGAUUGCCUGCGCACCAACAGAUAUUCUCUCAGCAAUUGCGCCAGUCGAAUUAUCAGCAAACCUACCAGCAACCGUACCCACCUUCUCAGCAGUACCAACAGCCUUCUCAGCAGUACCAGCAACUUCCUCAGCAAUACCAACAGCCUUAUCAGCAAAAAUAUCAGCAGCCUUAUCCGACCUCUCAGCAACCUUAUCCACAGCAGUAUAAUCAGUAUCUGCCACCACAACAUCCACAUACUGUUCGCAGACAGAGAUCAAUGCCAUUUGAUAAUUCAUCGAUGAUGCAAAGUGGAAUGCCUAGAACAUUCUCUGUUCAGCCUAAUGAACCGUCAAUGCCACUGGCAAGAGGUCCUGGUCCUUCGAACUUCCAGCAACCAUCGGGUCUGGGAAGACAGUUUAAGAAGACCUCAAGAAAGUCAAGCCGAAAGUCGAAUGCGUUCCUAACGAACUCACUUCUUUCCACUUCGGACGGAUUAGAGGCAGAUUCAAGAGGCAUGCCGGGUGCACGUCUGUCAAUGAUGCCACUACAGAAUACAUCUUCGAAUGUUGUUCAACAGCAUCCAGUAAGACGGUCUUCUUCGGGGUUUAUGCUACCUAGAAAACCUUCUAGUGGCUUUGGUAUCGAGGUGAUACCACAGCAGCAACCCCAGUCUCAGUCUCAGUCUCAGUCUCAGUCUCACUUGCAAUCAGCAAGCCAGACUCAUUUGCAAGCUCAGGGCCAGGCUUCCCAACCAGCGCAAGCGCCUUCAUCGUCGUCGUCAUCUAGCCAGAUGAGGCCUCCUCCAGCUAUACCACAGCAACGCACAGACUCUGGAUCAAGGCAAUCAUCCCCUUAUUCCGCAUCAGAGUCACCACUGGCUAGCGGUUCGAGCUCGAAGGAGGGUCUGGCCCCUGUUCCUGAAGCUACGCCAGCACCUACACCAGCAUAUGUGGUGUCAGAGCAUGCUAAAAACCAAGAUAAGAAAAAGAAGAAAAAGAAGAAGAAGAAAAAAGGAGGUCUUUUUGGACUGGGAAGACAUUAG